AUGCCGCAGCCGCCCCACUGCUACACUUUCCACGGCAUCAGCCACGGAAACCGAAUCCCCUUGGGCUCCGACACCGCACCCUACGGCCCCCAUCGCGGACACAGGACAUGGGGCCAACACUCUGCAGGGUCACGGCUCUCACAUGGAAGCGGCGGGUCAGAGGGUUUGCUCACAGAGAGGGUCCGGUCCUGUUCCCGCUGCGUGCUACUGCUGCUGCUGCUGCUGCUGCUGACACUGGGAUGA